GCAGCGAAUCCCCGGAGCGCAUUAAAACGCGAGGCUCGGCGGCGGCCGGGGGCAGCCACCACCUCCGGAGAUAGGCGGCGGAGAGCAGCGAGGGGCCGGGGCGGCGGCGGCGGCGGACCCGAACUUUCCGGCGGCGGCAGCGGCUCGGCCGGGCCCGGCGGUGGAUGAGGCUUUGUCGGCCGGGUCGCUGAGCCCGCAGCCCGCCGCACCAUGCCCGCCGCGCUGCCCGGCCUGCUGGCCUGGCUGGCGGUGCUGCUGCUCGGCAGGGCCCGCCCGGCCGACGCCUGCAGCUGCUCGCCCAUCCACCCGCAGCAGGCCUUCUGCAACGCCGACGUAGUGAUCCGAGCAAAGGCCGUCUCUGCGAAGGAGGUGGAUUCGGGGAAUGACAUAUACGGGAAUCCCAUCAAGCGAAUCCAGUACGAAGUCAAGCAGAUCAAGAUGUUUAAAGGCCCUGACAAGGACAUUGAGUUCAUUUACACGGCGCCGUCCACAGCGGUGUGCGGCCAGCCGCUGGACACGGGAGGGAAGAAGGAGUACCUCAUCGCAGGCAAGUCAGAGGGCAACGGCAAGAUGCACAUCACGCUGUGCGACUUGGUCGCCACCUGGGACUCGCUGAGCCCGACCCAGAAGAAGAGCCUCAACCAGCGGUACCAGAUGGGCUGCGAGUGCAAGAUCUCGCGCUGCCUCUCCAUCCCGUGCUUCGUCUCCUCCUCGGACGAGUGUCUCUGGACAGACUGGGCGAUGGAGAAGAUCGUGGGCGGGCGGCAGGCGAAGCACUACGCUUGCAUCAAGAGGAGCGACGGCUCGUGCGCCUGGUACCGCGGCAUGGCCCCCCCCAAGCAAGAGUUUCUCGACAUCGAGGACCCCUAAGCCAAACGAGCGCAUUCCAGUAGCCAGUAGAAAAAAACCUGCGAGAUGUUAGACUGGUCCACGCUGAUAUCAAGUCCUGGAGACAGCAUGAAAAUCCGCUCGGCCCCGUGGGUCCCCAGGGUGCGGCGCCUGCCACGCGCGUGCACGGGGCAGGCUCGGGGCCCGCUGCGCCGCACACAGCUGUGUCCUUGCCCGGUUCCUCGCCCCCUGCGGGGUGAGCGGGGCCGGGGGCUUCCUCCCUGCCGGGGCCGUGUCCCCUCCUGGCCGUGCUCAGCCCUUGUGCCCCUGAGAGCUGCGAAGGAAGCGAACGCCCGCGAGCGGCGGGAGCCGUCCCCAGUCUGCGUAGCAGGUCUACCAGGGGCCCCGCCGCGGGACGGAGCUGCCCCCACGCCUCUCACCAGACCCCGUCCCGAUGCCCGUCCCUCUCCUUGGGGUGCCAGAAGGCUGCAGCGGGGCACCCGCGGGCUUGCACGGCGCCAGCAGCUCCCACGCAGGCGUCCCACCCACAACAGCCACGGGGGGAGGGCGUUGGUGCGGCCGGGGUGCCCCCUCCCCGCGGGUUGCAGCCCCGCUGCCCAGGCGCUCCUCUCCGCUGUUGGGCACGUUGCGGGGGCUCUGGCCCAUCGCAAGCCCCGGGGUGGGCGAGCGCUGCGCCCGGGGCCCUCCGGUGCCACCGCUGAGGGUCCCAGACCCCCCGCCCCGGCUGGGCCGGCACCCGUGGCUGUGCCGGAGCUCGUCCCCACGCAGGACGGGUGCCGGGUGCGCGGCGCGGGGCCGGGAGCCCCCAGCUGCGGGGCUGCCGAUCGCCGUCGCACCCUGCGUGGAUCGGGGCCCCCUGGGCGCCCCCCCCUGCGGCGGCAGGACCCCCGUCCCCUCGUCGCCCGCCCCCCCCCUCCCCCCCCGGGCCCCGCUUUCUCUGAGCCAUUCUCCCGCUGCGGCGGCGCCCCGUGCGCUCGGUGGCGCGGCCGGCCCCGGCUCGUGCGCGCAGCACCCCGCCGCAGCGCGGAGCGUUUUCAUGCUGUGCGCCCCUGCAAGGCUCCACGAUGUCGUACUGGACCAGUCUGGGCAACUUCGACGUAUUAAAGAAAAAAAAAAAAAAAAAAAAAGUUGAAGAAAAAGGAAAAAAAAGCCCCACCCGCCCUCUAACCGGUGCCAUGUAAGAGUCCCGCUCGCUUUCCGUGCGGUUGUAUCACCUCGCCACCCCGCUCCGCUGGUAGUCUGCCCUGUAACACUGCCGUGCUGCCGUCA